CCUCUCAAGAAUCCAACCCCUCCUCUAUUCCUCGACCAGCGCUGCGACACAACCUCGCCAAACGCUGCCAUCAGGCCCCGGCCAACCCCUCCUUGCCAUACUUCGUCGCUUGGUCUACAGUGGAAAAGUGUAAACAUUCGCCCAUCCGUCGCUCCAUCUGCGCCUCGCCGAGUGUAGCACCGCACUAUCACUUGUCCCCGAGAUCGGAAUAGUCGCCACCUGCAAGCGAGCUGCUCAUCCUUAAUAUGCAGUCCAUGCAGAGACAAUUCGGCAAGCUCAUGAACAAGGGCCCCGGGGACAAUGCCAAAAUUGCUGCCGUCUUACACGACUACGAAGAUGCAGACAAACUGCUGGUCAAGAUUAUCGAGAACACCAAGACCCUCCGCGAAGCAUGGGUCACCAUGGCCACUAGCCAGUGGGCUAUGGUGAAGGAGUACGAGGGCUUGUACGACCCAAUUGUUGGUGCUUCGGAGGGACAUGGCCGCCCCAGCGUCACGACUCCCCAACUGCAGCUCGAUCGCACCUUCAAGCUUAGCGGCGCCUACUCCGAUCUCAAGGACGAACUGAUCGAAGAAGUGGUAGCCAUAGACAAGCAGGUUAUUGGCCCUGCCACCGAGGCCCAUGAAUACAUUCAGCCCCUUCGCAAGACAAUCAAGCAGCGGGAGAACAAGAGAUUAGACUAUGAGAAGGCCCAGGAGAAGGUCAAGAAGCUCCAGAAGAAGCCUGGCAAGACGCCCAAGGAAGACGCUGCCCUGUCAAAGGCCGAGUUCGAAAUGACUUGCGCAUCCGAGGAGUUUGAAGUUGCCGAUAGUCACAUCAGGGAAGCUCUACCUCCGAUCAUUGAGGCUAUCUUCACACUGAUUCCUCAUAUUCUGGCCUCUCAUGUGACGAUCCAAAACAGACUUCUCGGGCUGUACUACACUGUGCUUCACAACUAUUGCGAAGAUCACGACUUCCCUUCUCCUCCACCCCCAAUGGAGAGCGUAAUAUCAACCUGGGCAGCAUCUUUUGUCCCCAUUCAAAAGGAGGUCGAGGCUAUCAGUUGCAUAGCGCAUGGCAAGAAUUGGAGGCAACCAGUAAGGGUAGGGGACGAUGGGCAGGGCAGAAAGUCAUCGACAUCGUCAGCGUCAUCACGCAACGGCUUUACACGGACGCCUUCUGGCAUGAACGAAGGCACGAUACCGACCCCUAGAACGAUGCGAAUACCCUCAAACAACGGGGGAAGCCGUCCAACUAUGGCUCGGGAUCCUUCUCCUCAGCCCAGCCCGCAGUCGAGUAGUACGAAUGUCUCCCGGUCUCAGCUCGGACUACCGACCGAUUUCACAACAGCCACGUCUCUUGGGCAGACCCAGGGCUCCCCCAAUGUGUCGCCGUCCUACUCACGUUCCCAGUCUGAAUACUUUGGGCACCAAUCGGGGCUCAUCCCGGGGCAGGGGAGUCUGGCAGCGAAGAAGAAACCGCCGCCGCCGCCGCCAGCCAAGCGCUUCAAAGCGCCCGAAGAGUUUGUCGUUGCGCAGUAUGACUUUGCUGGGGGGAAUGGGGAUCUGAGCUUCAACGAGGGAGACAUGAUCAAAAUCGUAAAAAAGACGGACACGGAUCAGGAUUGGUGGGUAGGAGAAAUAGGCGGCGUACGGGGCAGUUUUCCUGCCAAUUAUUGCAAGGCUGCUUGAUACGCGAGGGCAAGUUUGUACUUGCCACGAAUCUUGGGCGAAUAAUGCUGG